UAGUCUUGUUUCCCAGAAAACUUCCGCUAAAUGCAAGGGCUUGCUGUCCAGUGGUAUAUUUGCUGUAUCAUCAGAGACUGAAUUUGACAGAGAUUCUGGAAAUAUUAAGGCAAGCUCUCGAGUUCCCUUUGAGAAGCUGCUGCACUCAACCGAGAUGUCACGGCACCACAGCCGGUUUGAAAGAGAUUAUCGCACUGGGUGGGAUCGCCGAGAAUGGAGCUCCAACGGGAAUCAUGUGAACAGCAGUAAUUGCAACAGUACAGUGAACAGCAAUAGCAACAACAGACCAGGGCUUUUGCCUUUGCCAAUUGUCCCCACUCGGCUACCUACGCCAACUACGGUUGCUUGCACCACAGUGAACAGCGAUGUGAUAACAAGUCUUGUGGCCAACUCAUCUGCCGCUGCAAAUACCAAAACACCUUGCAUUUCCAAGACUGAAAAUCAGCCUCAAGGACUUGCAACUAGUGUUAGGUGGGGACAGACACCCAUCAAUCAGUCUACACCCUGGGACACAGAUGAACCACCAUCUAAACAGAUGAGGGAGAAUGAAAACCCAGGUACAGCGCCGUGGGUGACAACAGUCGCAGCAGGUAGCCAGCCAACUCUUAUAACGCAUUCGUAUGGAAUGACUCAACCUCCAACCUUCAGCCCAGCAGUGAACGUCCAGGCCCCCGUCAUUGGAGUUACACCCUCCCUCCCUCCUCACGUUACCCCCCAGCUUCCAUUAAUGCCAGCUCAUUACCAGCUACAACAGCAGCCUUCACAGCCUCUGAGUAACAUGGUUGUGAACCUGCAAAGCCAGCCUCUCUACACUAACAGCCAGCCAAUCACCAUGUCUUCUAUGACUGGGGUUGGUCAGGUGACUCAUCCAGGCCACACCGCAGUAGGGAAUGGUCACAUGACUUGCCCUAUUCUGCCACCACCUCCACCUGCUCUGCCUUCGGCUGCCCUACCCAAUAGUGUUCCAGCCACCAAUGGGCAGGCUGCUCCUCAGCCUCCUCCCAACCAGACGGGCAGUCAGGACAACACAAAUGGGGUACAAAUGCUACGGACUAUUGGCGUAGGAAAGUACGAGUUCACAGAUCCUUGGCAUCCAAAAGAAAUGUUGAAGGAGUUGAACCAGCAACGCAGAGCGAAAGAGUUUACAGACCUGAAAAUUAUUGUUGAAGGCAAAGAGUUUGAAGUCCACCAAAAUGUUCUAGCUUCCUGCAGCUUGUAUUUCAAGGACCUGAUUAAAAGGUCACCACGAGACAGUAGCCGAAGCGGGGAGAAACUGGAAUUGGCCAUGUCAAACCUCACUGCAGACGUCUUGGAGUUACUACUGGAGUUUGUUUAUACAGGUUCUUUGAUCAUAGAUUCUGCCAAUGCAAAAACCCUUCUGGAGGCUGCCAGCAAGUUCCAGUUUCAUACUUUCUGCAAAGUCUGCGUUUCAUUUCUAGAAAAACAAUUGACGGCUAGCAACUGCCUAGGAAUAUUAGCCAUGGCCGAAGCCAUGCAGUGCACUGAACUAUACAACAUGGCCAAAGCAUACGCCCUGCAAAUUUUCCCAGAGGUGGCAAACCAAGAGGAGAUCCUUAAUAUCUCCAAAGACGACUUCAUUUCCUACAUGUCCAAUGACAGCUUGAACACCAAAGCAGAGGAGCUGGUGUAUGAAACAGUGAUAAAGUGGAUUAAGAAGGACGCUGCAAUCAGAGCUCAGUAUGCUGCAGAAUUGCUGGCAGUGGUCCGCCUACCCUUCAUCCAUCCCAGUUAUCUGCUAAACGUUGUUGACAAUGAGGAGUUGAUAAAGUCUUCAGAGGCCUGCCGGGAUCUAGUGAAUGAAGCAAAACGUUAUCACAUGCUGCCGCAUGCCCGACAAGAGAUGCAGACACCAAGAACCCGGCCCAGGCUAUCAGCAGGUGUAGCCGAGGUAAUAGUCUUAGUGGGAGGCCGCCAAAUGAUUGGCAUGAAUCAGCGAGCCUUAACAGCUGUCACUUGCUUAAAUCCACAAAACAAUAAGUGGUACCCAUUGGCCAGCCUGCCCUUCUACGAUCGGGAGUUUUUCAGUGUUGUCAGCGCUGGGGACAAUAUCUAUCUCUCAGGUGGCAUGGAGUCUGGUGUCACGCUCUCUGAUGUCUGGUGUUACAUGUCCUUACUUGAUAACUGGAAUCUUGUAUCCCGAAUGACAGUCCCGAGGUGUCGACAUAACAGCCUGGUGUACGAUGGGAAAAUCUACACCAUCGGAGGUGUUGGUGUGGCAGGAAAUGUCGACCAUGUGGAAAGGUAUGACACGAUCACCAAUCAGUGGGAGACAAUAGCUCCUCUGCCAAAGGCCGUGCAUUCUGCAGCUGCUACCGUCUGCGGUGGUAAGGUCUACGUGUUUGGUGGGGUGAACGAAGCCGGCCGUGCUGCUGGGGUCUUGCAAUCCUAUGUCCCUCAGACAAAUUCAUGGAGUUUUAUAGAGUCUCCCAUGAUAGAUAACAAAUACGCUCCUGCAGUCACUCUCAAUGGGUUCAUCUUUAUUCUUGGAGGAGCUUAUGCAAGAGCAACCACCAUCUAUGACCCAGAGAAAGGCAAUAUUAAAGCAGGUCCCAACAUGAACCACUCCAGGCAGUUCUGCAGUGCUGUGGUUCUUGAUGGAAAAAUUUAUGCUACUGGUGGAAUUGUUAGCAGCGAAGGACCUGCGCUGGGAAACAUGGAAGCUUAUGACCCCAAGACAAACACAUGGACACUUCUGCCAAACAUGCCAUGCCCUGUGUUUCGGCAUGGCUGUGUAGUAAUCAAAAAGUACAUCCAGAGUGGUUGAUGUGAAGAAGUUGGAUGGAGAACUGACUUUGGCUGUCAAAAGCAAGCAAGAAAACAACAAAAAAAAAAAAAAACUACUACUACAAAAAAACCCCACAAAAAGCAAGCAAAGGCAACCAACAAACAUCUUGCUCUAACGUUUUGAAUAUUCUCUACAUUGAAUGUAGAAAAUCAUCCUCACCUUUUGGUGAACGAGGAGCAGACAGCUCCGUGUUAUGUAAGAUAGUGUAACUUAAUAAUACAAGCGUGUCACUAGAUGUCGUAGUGGCACUUGUUAUGGACGUAGGCUUUUGGUCAACCCAGGUGCAAUAGAGUUUCACAUAUUUUUUAACUGGGGAGGGAAGAGAAAAAUCUGCAUUUUAAUUCUAGCAAGCAAGCUUGAUUCUUAAAAUAACCGUGCAGAUUAGUUUUACAAUUACACAUUAGGCAUCAGGCUAUUCGAAAGAAGGUCAAAGUGUCCUUACCACUUUGAUUCCUACAUUUGUUUUUAAUAAACACAUGCUUUUCAAUACCAAUGACAGAUAAAUCUUGUGUGACAGAUGGCCUAGGUUGAUGUCAGUCUUCCAUCAGAUCAAAUGAAUAUUCCAGUUCUCUAGAGCAGAGCCAAAAAAGGGGGGAAGAGUGAAAAAGAGGAGGGUCGCGUUUGUAAUAGAAUUCGGUGUAAUGCGAUGAUAGAGGUUUCUCGUGUUGAAUGGAUUUCUACCCCCAAUGGUAGCAUGCGUGUGCUGGGAUGGGUGAGGGUGGUUUCUGCCGUUCUACCCCAUUUGCUACUGUAUGAGCAAAACUUUACAGCGUAUAAUUCCUGUAAAGCAAUAUGAAUUUGGUUAAAUUCCUGAGGCAUUUUCUUGAUUACAUUACGUAUUUUGAACUGUCAUGAUUGGAACCAAGGUAAUAAAAUAAACAGCAUACUGUGGGGUUUCCACAUUUCCAGCCAGUUAGUUAAGAAGAUGCCUCAGGUGUUGCGCACAUAUUUUUUGAUCACUUAACCAAAAUUUCCUUACGUUGGGAUAUAUGCUACUAUCUUUUUAUUUUUUUAAACCACAUCUACGAGGACACCUUUGUUGCUUUAAACUUAUUCCCCACGGAAGAUGGGGAAGUCUUACCAUACAUAAAACUUCUCUCAUUAAGGGGUAUCAAUAGCUUCUUGGUCAGAAUAAAAACAUUUACAGGUUUUAACACACAAGAUUAAAUUCCAUGAUAGAAAAUGCAUAGAAGUAAGCCCAAUAUAAGACUUAAAAUUAUUACUAUGUAGAGUUGUAAGUAUAUUCACAGCACAGGGGUUAUAUUUUUAUAUAUAUUAAAAUAUUGUCUAUCCAGAGAUGCAUUGUGAUGUGGAAAUUCUUUAUAAAUUUAUACAUUGAAUGAUCAAACGGGAGAUGAUUGGAGUGGUAUGGUGGGGAGGCGGGAGGAGGGAAUUUUCAUAAUUAGUAAAUAGAAAAUUGCCCUUACAUCAAAGGAUUACCCAAUUUCUUUCCAAGGAGACCGGCAAGAAGGAGAAGUGUUACCAUUCUUACCUUCGCAGUUCCAAAUGGUCUGGGAUCAUUCCACAGGGAGAUCCUUUACAGAACAAAGGUGUGACACUAUGGUCAAUAUCUAGUUGGAUUUGAUACCAAAUACAUUAACCUUUUUAUAAUGCAAAAGGUCUGGCUACAACUUUGGGGAAAAUAUUGCAAAUGGUUAGCCAAUUACCUUGAAGUUAUUUUACUAAUAAUUGUUUAUAAAAGAAAAUAGUAUGAAAUUUGUAUCUUGCAGUAUUUAAAAAAAAAUGUGCUCAAUCAGGCAGUGACUCAUUUUCAUGAUGAGGUUCCCACCUUUGUUAUGCAGUUGUUUUAUUUAUUCUUUAAAGGAAAAAAAAUAAGCACAACAAUAUUAUAUACGUAGUAUGUCAUUUAAAGUAUUUAUGUCCAACAGGGUGCAAGUGUGAACCUACAGAUUGGAGCACAAGUUUCUAACUGCCUGAGGCAGGACUAAUUUUAGUGUUGGUGUGUGUCUGCCUCCAAAGGAGGUGCUAGCUGUCAACAAGACCUAACACAUGCAACAUUUUCCAAUUUAGCUUAUUUCUUCAUUUAUCACACUGGAGCAAAACUGACUAUUUCUGUGAAUAAUAUAAAAAACAGGGUUCUCUGUAAUGGCAUUGUAUAUAGUUUAUGUUUACUGUUAAGUUCUUGUUAUAUUAUAAUAAAUAUAUUUAUAGAUCUAGAUUCAA